GUAUGAAUAUGAACUGGAUUUUAACAUUUGAGACCAAGAACCCCACGGAAUUAGCGGAACGAUUGCGCUCUGUGUGUGGGAAUCAGAGCAACGCCUACGCCCGCCUGCUGGAAUACCGCCUGAACGCCUUGCGGGGACUGUGGAAUGCCCAGCGCCAGCUGGCCUUGGAAGAGCAGCACGAGAGGGAAAGUUCAGGGGAUGAAGAAACGCUGGCCCUGCUCAAACGCCAAGGCUUGCUGCAGCAGCCCGAGCAAGCUCCCUUCACGUCCCGGAUGGGGCUGCUGCUGGUCUUCCCCCUUAUUCAGUCCCAGAGUCGAACAGACCCCUCUCUCUGUAACAUAACUGCUGAGGUGCUAUUGAACUGCCUUCGUGACUGCCAGCCCUUGAGCUUGACCAAGGAGCCUGCUGACUGUCUCAAUGGAAUUGAAACUCUACUGUGCUCUUGGCUAGAGGAUACUUCCGACACAGGCCGGCACAUCCCACAGAAGCAAAAAGAAAAUGCUGCUGCUGCCCUGGUGGCUUUGGCAUGUGCCAGGGGAUCAUUGAAAACUUUUGUCCAUACAGUCCAUCUGUUGCAGAAACAGACUGAUCUUGGGUCCCUGCCUGUAGCUGAUGUACUAUAUAGGCUGUUGCUUUUGGAAGGGGGGCCUGGAUCCCCCUCCUGUUUGCUUGGUGGCAAACACAUAGUAUCAUGGGGCUACGAAGACAUGUUGCCUGCACCAGAUAGCAACACUGGCUCCAGUCCUGAAAAUAAAGAUGCUGACUUGGGACGCUGUCUCACGGCAGACGGUCUUUACCUGUAUACUACUAACUCAGUUGGAAGAGGAGUAAGCAAAUUGGGAUCUGGAUUACAUGGUACUCUAAGGGGUUUUGUGUACUGCCGGAACGAGGAGCUGGAACCAGGAUGGGCUGCUUUCGGCAGCGGCAGUCUUCUCCACCGGCCUGUAUCUUUUGAUAAUAAACCUCACUCCCUUUUCCAGGUCAUUGACCAGAAUACCCUUCAGGUGUGCCAGACGGUGCCAAUGCCAGCCAAUCACCUCCCUGUUGGCAGCACUGUGACCACUGUUCACCUUUCUUCAGAUGGUACUUACUUCUAUUGGAUCUGGUCCCCUGCCAGCCUGAAUGAGAAAACACCUAAGGGACAUUCUGUCUUCAUGGACAUUUUUGAACUUGUGGUUGAAAAUGGUGUGUACGUCGCCCAUCCACUUCAGGAACGCACAAUUCUAAUGAGAAAAGAGGGUGAGUCUGCGAAAAGCAUUAACGAGAUGCUUCUGAGCAGGCUUUCCCGCUACCGAGCAUCCCCAUCUGCAACACUGGCUUUGAAAAGUUACUGCCCAUCACUUUCAGGCUCCUUAAACAACUCAGUGUUCGUUUCCACAGUCCUGGCCUCCAGCCUGGUCUAUAACAUUUCGGAUGGCCAGUUCACGAGCCGUGCCGACCUCAUCGACGCUGCUGGGAGCUCGCUGGGGCGUGGUGCUCUUGUCCCAGGAUUGGGUGCCUGUUACGAUACAGUGAACAACAUGCUGUGGACCUGCUCGAANUCAUCAGCCUCUGAUAACAACAACAAGAAACUUAUCAAAGAGGCUAUAACCACGAAUGAGGUUAUAAACCAGUUACUGCACCACGUUGGUGCGAUGUGCAUACACCAACUCAAUCUUCUUGCUACCAACCCAAACCUUCCCAUCACAAGUGUCUUGGGCAAGCAGCACCCAAUCGAAGCACACCAUCUUAGCAGUAUCUGUGACAUUAUGGAGAAGGCCAUGGUUAACGGGGACACCUGUAUUAUCCGCUGCAUUCUCGUUGUCUUUCAGGUGGUGUUUAAAUUUUUCUUCAGCCCACAAACCGAAAGGAAUCGAGACAUCAUUCGACGAUCGGGAUUGCUUCUUUGGCAGUUGUUGAUGGCACCAAAAGAUCACAUUUGCCCUGAAAUUCAGAAGGAAGUCUGCCUUGCCAUCAGCUCUGGUUUAAAUAUCUUGUACCCAGGUGAAACUGAAAUCAAUAACUUACUUAAGCUGGUCUUAACAGAAGGAGAGAGAAACAGUGGCCUCGCCCAACUGCGGGACGUGAUUCUCACCAACUUAGCUGAGCAGCUUCAGAACAACCGGUUUGGCAGCGAGGAUGAUGACCACUACAGACUAAAUGAUGAACUUUUACACUACAUUCUGAAGAUCGUUGUACGAGAAUCCUGUAUCUUAAUCACCAAGUGCCAAACUGUCUCUAAAGAUGAUUUUCAAAAACUCCUUUCAACUGUGCCUGCUGCAUCCUCCUGCCUGCGCUAUCUGAUGGCAGUUCAGAACCACCUUCUCAGUAACACUAUUUUGAUUAAACCUGAUGAGAAUGAUGACAGUGACAACUCCUUGCAGGGAGAGACAUUGAAGGUACAGGAACUAAAGGUCAGUAUUUUGGCUCUUGCCACCCAGAUCCUGACUGGAUGCGAUGAAGUGCUGGAAAUGCUACAGCAGGUCACAACUGCCCUCAUAAAUAGUGACAUAGCUGACCGUGAGCAGAGGUUAAAAGGCUUGGAACAAGUUACUAAGGCUACUAUGCUUGGUCACCUUCUUCCAGUGUUACUGACCUCCCUGAUGCAUCCAAAUUUGCAGACUCUGACCAUGGCCGAUGCCCUGAUGCCUCAGCUAGUACAGCUGGUUCUCUAUACCAGUCAGACGGCUUUGCUGCUUAAAACCCAGUGUCCCGUUUUUGCCGAGUUGGGCUGUUCCCCAUGUGGUGCCUCAGACCAGAAGGGCAGGCUGGUCCCCGAUGACAGAAUGCUGGAAGAGAAGGAAGAGCCAGGCUUUCUCACUGGUUUGAAGAUCCCUGCUCCCUGGGCUGCUGGGAAGACUGUGGAAACGGUCCACCCUGUCAGAGACAACUACAAAUUUAAAGAAACUGUCCAUAUUCCGGGGGCUCGCUGCCUGUAUCUUAGAUUUGAUAGCAGGUGCUCUUCACAAUAUGACUAUGACAAAUUGGUGAUAUAUGCGGGCCCUAACACAAACAGUAGGAAGGUUGCUGAGUAUGGCGGCAAUACACUGGGAUAUGGCAGCCGUAGUGUCUUAGGAACUGGCUGGCCGAAAGACUUGGUGAAGGUGGAAGGAGAUACAGUCACCUUCUCCUUUGAAAUGAGAAGUGGCCGUGAACACAACACUCCUGAUAAAGCUAUGUGGGGCUUUGCUUGCACAGUUCGCGCUCAGGAGUCUUCGGAGGAUGUGUCCGGAGGCCUGCCCUUUCUGGUCGACCUGGCGCUAGGCCUGUCUGUGUUGGCUUGUUCCAUGUUAAGAAUCCUGUAUAACGGACCAGAAAUCACCAAAGAAGAAGAAGCGUGUCAGGAGCUCUUGCGGUCCAAACUUUUACAAAGGUGCCAGUGGCAGGUGGAGGCCAAUGGCGUCAUCUCCCCUGCCCUUACUCCAAGCCCGUCUCCACUGCCUCUGACCAUCGAGGAAGACAGAGAAUUCACCUACCCCUCUGACGUCCUCGUGCCUCCAAUCGGAAGCUACUUUGACCUGCCCCGGAUCAGGCUGCCUCCAGGAAUCAUGAUAAAGCUCCGGGAAAUUUCUGGGCGCGCUAGACCUCAGUUUAGACCAAGUAUAAAAGAAGUAAUUCAGCCUGACGUGAUGGAGGAAAUGGUGGUAUCAUGUGUUAUUAAGCACUUGAAUUUGGUUGAUGCACUGCAGUCCCUUAUAAAUUUCCAGUAUCAAGAAGAACAUGCUGAGGAAUAUGAUUUAUUGUGUAAAAUCAUGGGAGAGACCUUUAAGAAACUCAAUGCCAUGGAGAGACAGCUGCAGAGUGUUGCAGAAUUGGAACAAAAAUGGCAAAGUGAGGUUGAUGAGGCCGUGCAGGGGAAACUGGAAAAUAACAUGCCUUUCUUCUAUGAUUACCAUUUUAAUGAGAGCAAAAUGAAAGAACUAGAACUUUUGUGUUCAAUGAAGGAAGUCUCCUUUGAUGGAAAUGAUCUUGAAAACAUGGUCCUAUCACUGAGGGAGAAGUUCCUACAAGAAGUGAAUUCUCUUAUUCAGAAACCCUCACACCCACUGGCUAAAACGAAGACGUUAGUGAAGAGUUUAAUGAACCGAGCUGAGCUCUUGCUGCACGUCACUAUUGCGGCCCAGUCCGGCCUCACCAGAAGCAUCUCGGGGACCCCUGCGGAAACACCGGCUUGUAAAUCAGCUUCUGAAACAAAGGUGAUAUCUCCUGCUGUGCGGCAGCCGGUUUUUCUUCGCAGCAUGUCUGCUCCUUCUGACCUGGAAAUGAUCGGUAAUGAAGAUUUGGAAUUUACUAGAGCAAAUCAGAGGCGGCGCCACGUGACCAGCCACCGCAGCAGUUCCUUCACGCUCCUGCAGUCACUGGCCAUCGAGGACAGCAGGGACAAGCCCACCUACAGCGUCCUGCUGGGGCAGCUGUUCGCUUUCAUCGGCACCAACCCUGACCAAGCUGUGUCCAGCAGCAGCUUCCUGUUGGCUGCGCAGACGAGGUGGCGGCGGGGAACCACGCGCAAGCAGGCCCUGAUGCACAUGCGGGAGCUACUGACGGCUGCCGUGCGUGUCGGGGGCGUGACGCACCUCGUGGGGCCGGUGACCAUGGUCCUUCAGGGGGGGCCCAGGAUUGAAGAACUGACCUGUGGCGGGAUGGUCGAGCAGGUUCAGGAAGCCUUCGGCGAGACCAUGACUUCUGUUGUGUCUUUGUGUGCACGGUACCCUAUUGCAUGUGCAAAUAGCAUCGGGCUCCUGUGUACCAUACCUUAUACCAGGAGUGAAGAGAAGUGCCUGGUACGCAGUGGUCUUGUUCAGCUCAUGGACCGACUGUGUAGCCUGAGCAGUCAGACCGAGUCCAGCUCCAGCGAGAAGCAGACCAAGAAGCAGAAGGUGGCGACCAUGGCCUGGGCAGCCUUCCAGGUGCUUGCCAACCGCUGUGUGGAGUGGGAAAAAGAAGAAGGCGGCUCCACAGAGGCAGUGCACUCAGGCCUGGCCCGUCAGGUGUCCAGCCUCCUCACUAACCACCUUGCCCGAGCGACUGAGUGCUGUGGCAACCAGGCUGCUGGCAACGACGCUCUCCAGGAUGUCCUCAGUCUCCUCAAUGACCUCUCGAGGAGCCACAUAGGUAAAGCCAUCCUGAGCCAGCCGGCCUGUGUGUCCAAACUGCUGUCCCUGCUGCUCGACCAGCGCCCAUCUCCAAAGCUGGUCCUUAUCAUCCUCCAGCUGUGCCGGGCGGCGCUCCCGCUCAUGAGCGUGGAGGACUGUGGGAACGUGGAGCUCCCUCCGUGGAGCUACUCUGUCCCCUCCCUCAACAGCGAGCAGGAGGACCCCAGCGACCCGGCAUCGAAGAUCGCCUCGCUGCUCUUAGCAAAGCUGGCAGAUUACGUGGUCCCAGGAUGUCAGACAGUUCUUUCUCCAACCGCUUCCGAACCUGAUACCACAUUGACGAAAACCAGUCCCAAGAAUUCCUUAAAAGGAGAUAAAGAUCCCGGAGAAGAGAGUGAAGCAGUGGAUGGCAAGCUCUCUAUCUUCAUCCACAAGCGGGAAGACCAAUCGUCCCAUGAAGUUCUCCAACCAUUACUAAGUAGCUCAGAAGGACGGCCCUUCCGACUUGGUACUGGUGCCAACAUGGAGAAAGUCGUGAAAAUGGAUCGAGACAUGACCAAGGGUGGCUGCUGUGAAGUAAUCACCGAAGAGGCCGCAGCUGCUCUCCGAAAAGCAACCAAGUGGGCACAGUCAGGCCUCAUCGUCAGCAUCGGGCCCCCUGUAGAAUCAGUCAACCCAGAGACUGUGAGCGGACUGUCCACCGGAGACAAAAAGAAAACUGCCCAAACCUCCAUUUGCCGAGAGAGGAACUCGGAACUUGCAAGGACCGACCCGGUCAGACCCUUCAUCAGUGGGCACGUGGCCAACAGCAUGGCCGCGGAAGUGAUCGCCUUGCUUCAUAGCUUGCUAAUGGCGCCCGAGUCAAAUGCCGCUCAAAUAUGGACCACAACGGCAGAAAAGGUUCUGUCUCGUGCACUGAUGUACAUUCCACAAUUGGGGAAAUAUGCAGAAAGCAUUCUGGAAAAUGGGAGCAGUAGUGGCAGAAAACUCGCCAAACUUCAGAGAAUCGCCCGCCAGGCCGUCGCCGCACUGUGUGCACUUGGAGGCUUCAAAGAGACGAUCAAGAUAGGGUCCGAGGUGCAGGUUUUAGGUAGAGGAAUAUCAGGAAGCAUCGGAGUCGUGGCUUCUAUCAACGAGCAGGAAGGUAUAGCUACCGUCAGAUUCCCACCCAUAGACUGUAGAAAGACUUCUCAAGCAUCAGACACGCUGACUAUUCCAUUGUCUAGACUCUGUGUGCCAAGAUCAGAGGCGUUGCCCCUCCAUAAAUUGUCCAUUACCGAGAAGGUAGUCCAGGCGGUCCAGUCCAUGCUGCUUCCUCAGGAGGGCAGUCUCUCCAUUCACACCUCACUUCCUGCAACAGGAGAUGGCUCAGCUCCUGUGAUGGCAGUCGUUCGGCUCCUGGCUGAAAUAAGGACAAGAGCGUGCCUGGUCAUGGCCCAGCUUUUAGAAGACAGCUUGUUUUGUGAAGAAUUCAUACAACAGUGUCCAGCCGCUGUUGAAGUUCUUAACCUAGUAGCCCAGGAAUGCAGUGCUGGAGAGCGACUGGCAGUUGUGGAGGUGCAGUGUGAACGGCUGAGGAUGCUCUACCGGGACUGUGCUCGGCCCCCGCCGCCACCACUGCAGGCCGACCGGAGACAGCCCAAGGAGAUAACUUGGAGCCCCUCGAGAGUGUUCCCACCUGUCCGAGCCUGCAUGUUCUCGUCACACCUGACUUCCGUCACCUUCCUGGCUGACCCCAGCGCUGGGGGCGGUCUGCCCCGGGGCACAUUUAUCUAUGCCACCUCCCCACUGCCAGUUCAGGCCCCAUCUUUUUACUGGGAAAUUGAGAUUGUUUCCUAUGGAGACACUGAUGACGACACUGGACCAAUCGUUUCCUUUGGCUUUGCUACAGAAGCAGAGAAGCGAGAUGGGGCUUGGACUAACCCAGUGGGCACUUGUCUUUUCCAUAACAAUGGCCGUGCCGUGCACUACAAUGGCUCCAGUUUAUUACAGUGGAAGAGUGUUCGCUUGGACGUGACCCUCUCUCCUGGUGAGUGCAAUCACCUUUUAGUUUUUGAAAAAAAUUUUGGACUGGACCUCAAGCAACAUGCUACCCUCUGCUUAGAGAAUGUGUCUGAGGACCACUAUGCCCUGCUGGUGAAAGCGUGGGAAACCAAGGUUUUCCCUACUAUCCGAAGACGCUUCCGCAAUGAGGCAGAGCGGAAAUCGGGCCUGGACCAGAUAAAGGGCGCCUUACAGCUAGGCAUGGUGGAUAUUGCCCGACAGACGGUUGAAUUCCUGUACGAGGAGAACGGUGGCAUCCCAAGAGAUCUUUACCUUCCCACCAUCGAAGACAUUAAAGACGAAGCCAACAAGUUCACAAUUGAUAAAGUUCGAAAAGGUCUCACGGUUGUAACCCGCUCUCCAGACAGCAAUAAUGUAACCAGCAGUACAGUUGGAACUGCUCUGCCAAAAUUUGCCAUCCGAGGGAUGCUGAAAACCUUUGGGCUUCAUGGAGUCGUCUUAGAUGUUGAUUCAGUAAAUGAAUUGGUGCAGGUAGAAACAUACCUCCGAAGUGAAGGGGUGCUGGUUCGAUACUGGUAUCCUAUUGACAUGUUGGAGAGGCCCCCAGCCGGCUACCGAAGGACGGCCACCAAUGGGCUGGUCACACUGGACAACACCAACCUGCAAAUUCACAGAGAGCUGCUACGCUGUGAAGCCGCACUGGCCAGGCUGUACUGCCGCCUGGCGCUGCUCAGCAUCUUCGCCCCCAAGCUGCCCCACCUGUUCACCCGCCUCUUCCGCAUCCCUGCCAUCCGCGACAUCACCCUGGAGCACCUACAGCUGCUGUCCAAUCAGCUCCUCGCGCCUCCCCUCCCAGACGGCACCAUCAGCUCCAGCUCCAUCCUCCUGGCACAGUCGCUGCAGCAUUGCGUCCGCUCCCAGAACUGCUCGGCCACAGACCUCUUCUACCAGGGCAGCUCCCAGACAGUGAGAGAGUGGCUCAACGUGGCCAUCACGCGGACCCUCCACCAGGGCGAGGACAGCCUUUUGGAGCUGACAAAGCAGAUCUGCUCUUUCCUGCAGACAGCACCCGAGCAGUUCCCCUCCGAAGAGUUUCCAGUGUCCGAGUCCAAAGUCAACAUGGAUGUUAAUUUCCCUGGGGCGGCUUUCGUUGUUGUAUCUUGCAAAGAGAGUCAGUCUGGAUUCCGCAAGGACUCCUCUCUGUACAAGGCGCCGUGGGCGCGAGUGCUCGUGUACGGGCUCGGCCACAAAGUGAAGCGGAGUGGCCAGCUCAACCUCAUCGAGGCCGUCUGCUACCCGCGGGACGCGUCCCCGGCCAACACCGGGCUCACGCCGCCUCCCACCACCAACCAGUACCCUUCCGUGAUCCUCUCCACAGACAAGGUCCACAUCAAACUGGGGGUGUCGCCACCUCCCGGAGCGGUGCUGGUGUUACAUUCUCUGCCCCUGGAGUUCCCACUGGCCAUGGCCUUCGCCGAGCAGCUGCUGUCCUGGAAGUCAGAGGAUGGCGAAGGGAGAUCUGAAGAUGAGCCUGACACCAUCCCGACAUCUGUCCUCCUGCAAGUGGUGGAGCUGCUGGGGAACUUCCUGUGGACCACGGACAUGGCGGCCUGCGUGAAGGAGCUCGUGUUCCACCUCCUAGCAGAGCUGCUGCGCACGGUGCACGCCCUGGAGCAGAGGAAGCACCCCGCCGGCCUGUCCUCUUCCAUCGCCCUGCAGCUGAACCCCUGCCUGGCCAUGCUGAUGGCCUUGCAGUCAGAGCUCCACAAGCUGUACGAUGAGGAGACCCAGAGCUGGGUCUCCAGCAGCACGUGCGGGGGCUCGGGCACAGCGGCGGCCCCUGACCAGGGCAGGUUCUCUACAUAUUUUCACGCACUCAUGGAAGGCUGCCUGGCAGUGGCCGAAGUGACCCUGCCUACCAACAUGAGUGUCACGGCCAGUGGGGUGACCUCAUCGACCGCCCCGAAUCUCAGUGACUCGUCCUCCUCCUCGUCGUCCUCCCCAGGCCAGACACCGCAGAGCCCCAGCCUCCUGUCCAAGAGGAAGAAAGUCAAGAUGAAGCGGGAAAAGGCCUCCUCCUCUGGGAAGCGCCAGUCCUCCCGCUCCGCAGACUCAGACCCCGCCGUGCUCAGCAUCGGGGGCAGCAAGCCUGAGGACAUGCUGUGGUUCCAUCGGGCCCUUACCUUGCUCAUCAUCCUCCGGCACCUCACCAGGAAGGACCCGCAGGGGCUGGGCGUGACGAGCGACGCCAUCGCCGACGCCUGCCAGGCCCUGGUUGGCCCCACGGCCCACAGCCGUUUGCUGGUGAUCUCCGGAAUCCCCACCCACCUGGACGAGGGCAUUGUCAGAGGUGCCAUCCGCAAGGCCUGCAACGCCCACGGCGGGGUCUUUAAAGACGAGAUCUACAUCCCCCUGCAGGACGAGGACCCCAAGAAGCCCAAAGACAAGGCCGAGGGCAGCGAUGGAAAAACCGAGCCGGAGAAGACCCUGGGCUUUCCCAGCACAGACAGCGUGGAGGUCAGCACGUCCAGCAGCCUGACCCCCGCCGUGAGCAUCAGUGCGUCCGCCUCCACCAGUCAGGCCUCCAUCUGCAGCUCCCAGGGCCUCUCGCAGACGGCCAGCGACCUCUCUGUAGACCCGCUGCCCUCAGGCCUCGAGCUGCCCAUCCCUCCUGGCUUGUUAGAGCCCCACGUGGUGUCCAGCCAGGAGAGCCUGGACAUCUCUCUGUGCAGCACCGGCAGCCUAGGGAGCCUGGGGAGCCUGGGGGAGCCGCUGGACAAUGCAGAGACGGCCUCAGUGUCAGACGUGGGCUCCAUGUACACAGUCACGUCCCUGGACAACCAGCCGCUCGCAGCGCGCCCCAUCAAGGGCUUUGCAGUCGUGGAGAUCAGAUCCCGAGCCAAAAUCGAGAAAAUUCGAGCCAGUUUAUUUAACAAUAAUGACUUGAUUGGUUUGUCAAGUUUGGAUGGUGAAGAUGAAUUGAUGGAGAUGUCAACGGAAGAGAUUCUCACUGUAUCCGUAGUAAAUCAGAGUUUGUUUGACACUCAGGGGAGCCCAGGAUUAGAAGAUUAUUUCAAUGAUAAGUCAAUUAAAGGUGAGAAGCUGGUGCCUGGGGCCAGAGAGGUGCUGACGGAGAUAUUUAAGAGCUGCGCCCACUCAGAGCAGAUGCUGAGCCUGACACCAGCAAAGCCCAUCAAAGUGUCUGACAUUUAUCUUAGCAAAGAGCAGAUCAACUCCCAGACGCCAGGCAACCUCCUUCACCUCUUCUUCACCAACGUCCGGCCUCCAAAGAAGGUGCUGGAGGACCAGCUCACCCAGAUCCUGAGGAAGUACGGCGUGCCAAAGCCCAAGUUUGACAAGAGCAAGUACAGCAAGGCAGGGAAGGAGCAGCACCCCGUGAAGGUGGUCAGCACCAAGCGGCCCAUCACCAAGCCGCCCGCCAAGGACAAGGCCGUGCUCACCACAGCCAGGACUGCCUUAAGUGAGAAGAAGCCAACUGUGAAGCCCAAGUCCCCGGAAAAGAGCAAGCCAGACGAAAAGGACCCAGAAAAGUCACCCACCAAAAAACAAGAAGUCCCUGAGGAAAAGUAUCUGACCUUGGAAGGCUUUCACAAGUUUGUUGUUGACCGAGCCAAGCAAGACAUCCGUAGUGUCUGGAGGGCGAUUUUAUCCUGUGGCUACGAUCUCCACUUUGAGAGGUGUGCCUGCAUUGAUGUCCGACAUGCGCACAAGGCCUCAAGGAAGUGGACCCUGGAGAUGGACGUGGCGCUCGUGCAGUACAUCAACCGGCUGUGCCGCCACCUGGCCAUCACACCCGCGCGGCUUCAUCCCCACGAAGUGUACCUGGACCCCGCGGACGCCAGCGACCCCAGAGUGGCCUGUCUCUUGAACGUGCCCAGCGAGAGCUUGCGUCUGCGCUUCGCGCUGCUCCAGUCCCUGAACACCACGCUGGAGACCUUCUUCCUGCCCCUGGUGGAGCUGCGCCAGACACCCAUGUACACCCACAGCAUCGCCGCCCUGCUGAAGGAGGCCAAAGGGCUGAUCUUCUACGACACGAAGGUGACCGUAAUGAACCGGGUGCUGAACGCCACUGUGCAGAGGACAGCUGACCACGCGGCGCCUGAGAUCACUUUGGACCCCCUGGAAAUCGUGGGAGGGGAGAUCAGAGCUUCUGAAAACUCCUACUUCUGCCAGGCUGCCAGGCAGCUGGCCUCGGUGCCGUCAUCGCAGCUUUGCGUCAAACUGGCUAGUGGCGGCGACCCCACCUAUGCCUUCAACAUCCGCUUCACUGGGGAGGAGGUCCACGGCACCAGCGGCUCCUUCCGCCACUUCCUGUGGCAGGUGUGUAAAGAGCUGCAGAGUUCCUCCCUGUGCCUCCUCCUGCUGUGCCCCAGCUCCGCUGUCAACAAGAACAAGGGCAAGUACAUCCUGACGCCCAGCCCCAUCACCUGCGGGGAGGAGCAGCUGCUGCACUUCCUGGGCCAGCUGCUGGGCAUCGCGAUUCGAGCUGACGUCCCUCUUCCCUUGGACCUCCUGCCCUCCUUCUGGAAGACGCUGGUGGGUGAGCCCCUGGACCCCGACCAAGACCUGCAGGAAGCAGACAUACUCACAUACAAUUACGUCAAGAAAUUUGAGAGUAUCAAUGACGAGACCGAGCUGGAGGCCCUGUGUGCCGAGAUCACCUCCCAGCACCUGGCCACGGAGAGCCCCGACAGUCCCAACAAGCCCUGCUGUCGGUUCACCUACCUGACCAUGACAGGCGAGGAGGUGGAGCUGUGCAGCCGCGGCCGGCACGUCCCUGUGGCGUGGGAGAACAAGGACACCUACGCGGCCGCCAUCCGGAGCCUGCGGCUGCAGGAGCUGCAGAAUGACGAGUGCAUGACAGCCGUGCGGGCAGGCCUGGGCUCCAUCAUCCCCCUGCAGCUGCUCACCACACUCAGCCCCCUGGAGAUGGAGCUGCGGACCUGCGGCCUCCCCUACAUCAACCUCGAGUUCCUGAAGGCCCACACCAUGUACCAGGUGGGGCUGAUGGAGACAGACCAGCACAUCGAGUUCUUUUGGGGGGCGCUGGAGAUGUUUGCCCAGGAGGAGCUGUGCAAGUUCAUCAAGUUUGCCUGCAACCAGGAACGCAUCCCGUUCACCUGCCCCUGCAAAGACGGGGGCCCCGACACAGCCCAUGUGCCCCCGUAUCCCAUGAAGAUUGCCCCCCCAGAUGGCACAGCAGGUUCCCCAGACUCGCGCUACAUCCGUGUGGAGACGUGCAUGUUUAUGAUCAAGCUGCCCCAGUACUCCUCCCUGGAAAUCAUGCUGGAAAAGCUUCGUUGUGCCAUUCAUUACCGUGAAGACCCCCUAAGUGGCUGAGGGGAGGGAGCCCAGAGUUAGGCUGUCACUGAGGCACCACUCUGCCAGCUCGGGGAGCCUGCCGCUGCAGGCACGGCCCGCCGGGGCCCUGCGUGAGGAGUUGGCGACGUUUUGCUUUUCUGAACCUUUGUCCACAUUCCAGGGCCUCCUGGAAGACUUAACCUUUUGUAUUUGUACGUUUCGUGAUGGGUUGGUUCUUUUGCUACCUGUUUAUGGUAUGGUUGUAGGAUAGUUUAGUUCCCAGUUUGUGUCUCAUCUGAUCUUCCUGGACAUUGUCCUUUGUGGCCACCGGAUUCUAUGCCCUAAGGUCCGCUGGUUCCGCAUCAUGGAACCACCCAGCAGGAAGCUGGUGGUGAGAUGCCGUCGGCCACACGCAGCAUCCUGUUCUUCUGCAGAGCGGCUCACAAACAAGCCUGUGGCCAGCCCGCCCCUCGCCUCCAGCUGGAGCUUCUCCUGGACAUGGCCCCUGCAGGCCGUCUUCCAUCUUGAAAUGAAAUGGUCAGGCCAGUUACCCAGACGUGGGAGGUUUGUGUGUUUAUCUUUCAGCUUUAGAACCUUGUUCGUGGUUUGGGUUUUUCUGAGGGAAAGCCCGCCAUGGUUCUCCGUCCCUUCCCCCCAGACAACCUUCUCUGCUCUCCGUCUCUCUGGGGCCUGGUCGGCGGACAGUUUCCGGGUGCUCCUGGGGAGCAGGAGCCCACAGGGUUCACUCCCCACCUUGGCUCCUAGAGCCAGGCCAGGUGCGUCCCCACUUUAGACGUUGAGAAGACACUCGGAACCGGAGGGACAGUGCUUGAGUGAGGGUCUUUUCCGAGUCUGAACAGGAAAGCACAUGAUUCUUUUGUGCUCAGCGACGGCCCUUCCUCACUGCAGUGUUCGUGAUGUGAGGAAACGAGGAAAGGGCCACACGCUCAUUUUAAAAAGAGCUGACUGUCUGAGGUGCUCUGCUCAAUUCGGGGUCUACUUCAGUGACUAAGACCUCCAUGUCCAGAUGGAAACACAAGGGGGGUCCAUCCUCCUGCCCCUCUGGCUGGCCCCCCCCCGGCACCCCCGCUGCCCCGUGUAAGUGUGUGCCAGGCCUGGGCUGCUCCAGGCUCACCCACUGCCCCAGUGCAUUUGUGCCCCAAAUCGGUCUCUGUCCAGUGGUACUUUGUUCAAGAGCAGCAUAUGCCAUCCUUUUGGACACUGUCAUUUCGGGCCUUGCCAGUCCUCACAGAAUCACACCGCUGUAUUUAUUGUAUAAUAUUGUGAAUACUGGAAGCUCUGAGUGAGUGCUGUUAGGCGGCUUUGGAGUGUGAAUGCUGGGGAGAGGAGGACAGGCUCCCCCUUGCUUUGUGGCCGUGGCCUGUUGGAAAGACCGUGGAUCUUAGCGUUAGAGCCGUUAGCGCCCAUCUCCUUCCUAUUAUUCUUAGGAAUUGCAUCAAGGACCAUUGUAGAAAAGAUUCCCCAACCGAAGGAAAAGAUAAGCCGGGGUCGAUCGUCCCAGUGCAUCACUUACAUGUGAGGCCGGAUCCGUGUCUGGAGGUGAGUGCCUGCAGCUACCCUGCUUGGAAGGAGUGUGGUUGGCCACUGCCUCCCGGGGUCGCAGCAGGAUGUAGUCCUGACAAGGAUCCUCGUAUUUCCUUUCUGCAUAAUGAAAGAGCCUUUGGAUUUACUAGAAGUGGUUCUUCCUCCUGUAUUUUUCAAUUCUUGGUCCCCUCCCAUCCCUCCCAUCCCUUGAAUGGACUCGGAAUUCUGUCCGCUACCUCCCCAAGAGGGAUUUGGGAAGCUUCUGUGGGCUCAUCACUUGAUUAGGUGACAGCUGUGAGUAAGAUAUCUGCUGCUAACGUGGUUGCUUCUCCCAGAGAGCACAUUGAGGUCCAGACAAAUCCAAACCUUGGCCCUAAAAAAAUGUGUGCUGUAAAGUUACUUGAUGUAUAUUUAUUAUAAUUAUUUAUGGUUGCAUUUAACAAACUUUUCAUUCAAUUUGAUGCUGUUUACACCAUUGCUGUGUAAAAGGAAGCUCACUACAGGAAAAACAAGUCGCACCAAUAAAUAACCUUCAUCUAAUUUUGAUUUAUCCUAA